GGCGGCACUAACUUUCUUCUCCUAACCCUCAAUAUAAACCCAUAAUUUUGAUCACUACAUUGCUCAAAAGCAUAGCAGACGAACUCAAGAAUCCUCCAAAUACUUCCAUGUCUAAGCCGAGGUUGGAGGGUAAGGUAGCACUGAUCACGGGUGCAGCCAGCGGAAUCGGUGAGGAGACAGCAAGGUUAUUCGCUGAAAAUGGAGCAAGCGUGGUCGUUGCAGACGUUCAAGACGAGUUGGGCCAUCGAGUUGUUGAGUCGAUCGGCACAGACAGAGCGAGUUAUCUUCACUGCGAUGUGAGGGACGAGAAACAAGUGGAGGAAGCAGUGAGUUACACCGUUAACAAAUACGGAACCUUGGACGUCAUGUUCAGCAACGCCGGGAUUUUAGGCCCUUUAGGUGGCAUCCAAGAACUCGACCUCACCGCCUUAGACAACCUCAUGGCCAUCAACGUUCGCGGCGCUGCUGCGACAAUCAAGCACGCUGCCCGAGCCAUGGUGGCCAGAAACAUACGCGGGUCAAUCAUCUGCACAACGAGUGUGGCGUCCUUGGUGGGAGGAUCCGGACCAUGUCCCUACACCAUGUCGAAACAUGCGCUUCUGGGUUUGGUCCGGUCAGCGUGUAGUGAGUUAGGGGUUUACGGGAUCCGGGUCAACUCGGUUUCACCGUUCGGAGUCGCGACCCCUCUUUCGAUGAAUCCUUUCCAUAUGGCGGCAAGUGAAGUAGAGGAGUCUAUUUCUGCCGUCGCCAACUUGAAAGGCGUAGUGUUGAAGACGAAGCAUAUUGCAGAUGCAGCUCUGUUUCUUGCUUCUGAUGAAUCCGCUUACAUCAGCGGCCAUAACUUGGUUGUUGACGGCGGCGUCACCGUUAAUAUUAACGUUGCAGCGCCCAAUAAAUAGGUCCCGUUGGCUUUGACUUUCGCCGGCGACUUUUAUCAGAUUGGAAUGGAACUGUUAUGAUUUAAGUGGAUGAAUUUACCAUCAGUGAAAUAAUGUCAAUUUUUCAUCUCUAAUUAUUUUUAUGUUAAUUUUAGUUUAUAUAAAUUUGCAUAAAAAAGAAGAUUAUAAUUUAUAAUCAA